AGUGAAGAAGAGAGAGCGUGGUUUUACAUAAAUUAAUACGCUCGCGAGUCAGUCCAGCUGCCUGCCCGGCCUGGCCGCGCUAAAGUUUUCAUUCACGGUUUGCGUGGUUCCAGUUUCCAGGCACACUGGAAACAGUGGUCGCAGAGCUCUGAUCCAUUGAUCCAUCGACAACACCAGCGAGAGAAGAAGAGAAAGAGAAAGGAGGUGUUCUCUCUUAGAUCUUCCUCUCUUCUAGAACUUUAGAAAGCUAGAUCGACAGAGAUAGAUAGAUCGAUCGAUCGAGUGCUAUAGACUGUAAGAACGAACAGAGGAGAAGAGCUCUCUCGCGAAAGGAUAUGCAAUGGAGCGGCAAGAACAUCAAAGGCUUCUCCUCCCUCUUCUACUUCUUCUCGUGCUAGGAGCUUUCUCGCGAUUUGGGUCAGCGCAGCGAGGGUCGCUGGUGGGCGAUGAGUUUGCGGCGAUUCAAGCGUGGAAGAGGGCAAUCACAUCCGACCCUGGCAACGUAACCGGCUCGUGGAUCGGGCCGGAUGUGUGUAGCUACAAGGGGAUCUUUUGCUCGCCAUCGCCAGACAAUGCCUACGAGCGAGCGGUCACUGGCAUCGAUCUCAACCACGCGCGCCUCUCGGGUCGAUUGGUCCCCGAGCUCGCCAAUCUCAAGUACCUCGCGCUCUUCCACAUCAACACAAAUUUCUUCCGCGGCACCGUCCCAUCCUCGUUCCGCCGCCUCGCCUUCCUCUUCGAGCUCGAUCUUAGCAACAAUCUCUUCUCCGGGGUGUUCCCAUCGGUGGUUCUCGAGAUCCCCAGCCUAGCCUACUUGGAUCUCCGCUACAAUCUCUUCAUGGGCUCUGUUCCACAGGAGCUCUUCCAGCGCCCUCUGGACGCGAUCUUCAUCAAUAACAACCGCUUCCAGUGCGAGAUCCCGGAGAGCUUUGGAUCCUCGCCCGCCAGCGUGAUCGUGCUCGCCAACAACAACCUCCAGGGCAAGAUCCCGGCCAGCAUCGGCAACAUGUCGAGAACGCUGGAAGAGCUCAUCAUCCUCAACAACGAGUUCUCUGGCUGCCUCCCAUUUGGCACUGGGCUCCUCUCCUCGGCCACCGUCUUCGAUGUGAGCUUCAAUCUCCUCGGGGGCGAGCUGCCCACAUCCAUCUCCAGGAUGGGUCGCGUCGAGGAGCUCAUCCUCGCGCACAAUCUCUUCACUGGCCCCGUCCCGGCGGCGAUUUGCGACCUCCCCAGCUUGAGGAACCUCUCCAUCGCGGACAAUUUCUUCACCAGCGUCAGCAGCCACUGCUUGCGAUCGAGAAGAGGUAUCGUGUUUGAUGAUUCGGGCAAUUGCAUCGCGGGCCAGCCAGCGCAGAGGCCCGCCGACGAAUGUAGGUUCUACAAGGAGGAGCCACUCUCGUGCUAUCCCACGCCAUUCAUCCCAUCCCCUGUUCCAAUCCCAAUCCCCAAGUCGCCGCCUCCAUCGCCGCCACGGGCAUCACCGCCGCCAGUGAUUGUUCCUCCAUCGCCGCCACCAGUCCAAUCACCCCCUCCGGUUCCAGUCCAUCCACCAUCGCCACCUCCGGUCCAAUCGCCGCCUCCUCCUCCACCAGUUUACUCCCCACCACCGCCACCACCGCCACCCCCGCCGCCAGUUUACUCCCCACCUCCGCCACCACCUCCCCCACCGCCGCCACCUCCAGUCUAUUCACCGCCGCCUCCACCACCGCCUCCGCCUCCUGUCCACUCACCACCACCGCCACCGCCCCAUUUCUACUCUCCUCCGCCGCCACACAUUUACUCCUCCCCACCACCACCUCCGCCUUCACCAUCGCCACCGCCGCCACAGAUUUACCCCUCGCCUCCUCCGCCAUCACCCUCACCACCACCACCAGUGGCCCACAUUUACCCCUCACCACCGCCGCCAUCGCCUCCCCUGGUCUAUCCCUCCCCACCACCACCAUCACCGUCGCCGCCUGUUUACCACUCACCACCGCCACCGUCACCGCCGUGCGAUAACGAGUGGAUGCCAACGCCGGCGCCUCCUGGGAAGUCGCCUCCGCCGCCGGCGCCACAGUAUCACUACGAGUCACCGCCUCCUCCAUCGCCACACUACUAUUUCUCGCCGCCACCGCCAUCUCCACCCCCGCCUUAUCACUCCCCGCCACCUCCGCCGCCUCCACCACCACCACCAUCGUCACCAGAUAAUUACUACCAAUAUCCAUCGCCGCCACCUUUUGCGCCGCCACCUCCAGAGUAUAAGAAGUGAGAUCUCUAGAAAGCUUUGAGAAUGGGAGAGGAAAUGAGUGGUGGAGUUGGAUCAAAUGGGCAACAAGGAAGAUUUGGAAAAAAGAUUUUUUGGGGGCACUGCUGCUGUUACAAACACACACUCACACGAGCAGAGAUUUUGAGCCAAAGUCACACUUUGUACGUAAUUUUCUCUUACGAUGCUCUUCGUUCCCUCGGGGAUAGUUGAUGACGAGCAAAGAAUAAAACCAAGAUCUCUUUUGUUUGAUGUGUUUUUCAA